AUGGCCAUUUUCUGUAUGAGGUACUUUUGGAUUUUUAAUCUAUCUAUCUAUCUAUCUAUCUAUCUAUCUAUCUAUCUAUCUGUGUAUUUCCAACCCUUUCUCUCGACAGUUAAUGGACGGUGGCAAAUAAUGUUUCGAAUACAGGCAAGUAUCUCUUUUUUCAAUGAUGACUGCAUCCUGCUCAGUCCCUAUCCCUUUUCCCUUGACACCCACGCGGUCAGUUGGGUCGGCAUUGGGAUUCUUUUUCCUUCAUCAUUGUAUUUUUCUCUUCCUUCUCGAUUUUUGUAUCGGAGCUACACGUUCUUCUUUUUCCUUUCCGUGUUGCAUAUCUCACCCUUUUUCACACGAAUUUCUACUUUUUUUUCUUCUCUCACUUUCAUAUAUAUACCUUUUGUUUCUUCCUUCUUCCUUUCAAUAUUUUUUCUCCUAACAGUUAGUCUUCCUCUUCCUACUUUUCUUGUUGUUGUUGUUGUUGUUGUUGUUGUUGUUGUUGUUCUUCUUCUUCUUCUUCUUCUUCUUCUUCUUCUUCUUCUUGUCCUUCGCCUUUACAUAGUUACUCCUUCGUUUUCUAUCGUUUUUCGUCGUUUUCUUUUUGGGGAUUUUGGCAUUUUUGCAGUUUAUCCUCUCUUUCCCAUUUCCUUCUUUUUUCUCAUUUUCAUCGUUUCUUCUUCUUCUUCUUCUUCUUCUUCUUCUUCUUCUUCUUCUUCUUCUUCUUGUCCUUCGCCUUUACGUUGUUACUCCUUCGUUUUCUAUCGUUUUUCGUCGUUUUCUUUUUGGGGAUUUUGGCAUUUUUGCAGAUUCAACCACUCUUUCCCAUUUACUUCUUUUUUCCCAUUUCCUUCUUUUUUCUCAUUUUCAUCGUUUCUUCUUCUUCUUCUUCUUCUUCUUCUUCUUCUUCUUCAGAUAAUUGCUUAA